AUGACUUUAUCUCAGAACGACUCUGACGUCAACCACGACGAACGCUUUAGACAUGAAGUCUUGAAGGGUUUUGCAGAAGAUCUUCAAGACUUAGCAAGUGACAAGGAGAAGCAAGAUCUUCUCAUAUCUAUCAAGAGUUUUGCUUUUCACUUCAUCAAAGAGCCCCUCAACAGGCCAAUGGCAGAAUUCCCCACGGUACAGAAGAAUCUUGACGUCUUGUGGAAUAUGUUCUUCAAAGCCAGCGCCGCUAUAGACAGUGAAAGCUUGUUCCAAGAUCGGCUCGUCCUUCUAUUAUUGUGGACAAGGCAGUUUGAUCUUGUGUAUAAAGAGCUUUACAAUGGGCGGCAUGUCGCAGGAAACUGGGAAUCCUAUGGUUUUGCACAGAGUUUACAGGUGUUCUGGGAAGAGCUGGUGAAAGAAGGUUCAGAGGCUGAGUUACGAAGCCUUGCUACUUUCUCUGCCAAGGUCUUGGCUGCUGGUAUAUGCGAAGAACAGAUCUCCUCGACUGCGCUUUGGUAUAUGCGCGAGGCCCUUGAGACCAGCGACGACUGCACUGCCAAGUUUCUGCCUGGCGCAGCUGUAUGGAUGGAGAUGUGUCCUCACGCGUUGCUCAAGGACUGCGUUCUGAAAGCAGACAAACAGCAGUCGUCACUGAAUCUUGGCCCCCUUGCGCAGGACCAGCGCGUCGACAAGGCCGGAUUCAGCAUGGCACGGUGGCUGUUUUGGAGAAGUCGCUUCCAAAAGAUUAGCCACCACCCCGAUACUUCACUUGCGCAACUUGCUAAGAAGGGGUUCAUGGCUAUGAUCCACUGCGGAAGGGAUGUCGAUUAUGGUGUCCCAGGGGAAGAUGCGUUUGCUGAAAGACUACAGGCCACUAUGUGGGCUGAGCUCGUCAAGAGUGGAAAGGUAAGCCUGGAUGGUGAUGAUGUCGAUAUCGACCCCGAUUGGGUUGAUGGAGAAAAAGAGUGA